AUGGCUGGCCCUGGCGGUGGUCCUCCUCGUCGCAGCCACACCAAGUCCCGUAAGGGCUGUGAAACCUGCAAGCGUCGACACAUUCGUUGUGAUGAGAACUUUCCUCAAUGCCGCAACUGUACCAAGCACAAGAUCCGCUGCCCGUACAACGACGUACAGGUGCCCGACGCAGACCGCUCUACCACCCCCGAUAAGCCCGAUCUCAUGUGGACUCCCCAGGUCGAGGCAUCUAUCGCCGAGUGGCAGGCAACCGGUGUCUUCCCAUUCCCGUCCCUGCAUGUCUACCCGGCGCCUAUGCCGCACCUGUACUCGCUUGAGGAUUUGCGCCUGAUCUACCACGUUGCCAACUUGUACCAUCAGCUCUCUGCCAUUGACGCCAACAACUUCACUCUGUGGACUCGUCACAUUCCAACUCUCCUCAGAAUCGGUGCCACCACGCCUUAUGUGAUGCACGCUCUGCUCGCCUUUUCUGCUAUGCACAUUGCUUUCCUCACCGACUGCCCUCUGGUCGGCAGCAUGGCCUUUGAGCAUCGUGGCAUCGCCCUUAGCGGCCUUCAUGAAGCUAUUGGUACUUUCUCCCGGGAGACUUCGGAUGCCAUCUUGGCGGCUUCUCUUGUCCUGUCCUGGCAAGCUACGGAUUGGCGCAGCUGGACCCAGCUCAUGCAGGGAACCUCAACGGUUAUUGACGCCAUGGAUGCGUGGAAGCACGAGUCCCAGUUUGGUGACUUCAUUGCUGAAAGCAGCACAUUCCCAACUGCUCCGCCAUCUCCUGGACCCGACCACAGGCCGACACAGCCUCGUGAUGAGGACAUUCAAGCCUUCCAGCGCACUCUCGAGCAGGUCCAAAAGGUGGAAUCCCACCUCAAGCAUCACAAGGAAGAGACCACUCAAGUCCAGCAUCUCAUUGGCUUCCUCAAGGGGUCUCGCAAGAUCAGCCCGACGCUCUCCAUCGCCCAGCAGUACGAGCGUCUCCAGCCCCUGCGCACCUGGCUCUUUUGGAUGCCCGUUGGAUACCUUCAGAACUACCACGGUUCGGCCAACUCGCUUGUCGUCAUUGCCCAUCUGUACACUGUUGCCCUCUUGAUGGAGCGUCUGUUCCCCGAGAUUGGUGCCGCGUACUUUGGCAGCUUGUGCAUUUCCCCCAUCGAAGAGAUUGCCCGCCGCCUGAUGUCCAUCAGCGUCGCUGGCGGUUCCGAGGGUGGUGUUCAGCGUGAGACUCCUCUCACUCUCAUGGAGUUCCCCAUCAACACGGUUGGCGAGUUUCGCUCCCGCAUGGGCUGGGUUCACCCAGAGAGGACGCGGUCCUUUCCCCAGUUCCAUCCUCCCAACUUCCCGGUGCACGAGGAGUACUCUAUGCCCAAUGUGCCCUAUGGCAACGUCGCCUUUAGCUAUAGCGCCGAGGAGAUGCCCAUGCUCAACAGUGCUGCCAUCCCAGGAAGUCAAGCUCAUUCCGCCAGCCCACUGAUGCUGUCCUCACCCUUCUCGAGCCAACAGUACCUCAACGUCCCGUCUCCCUCGUACGCGGCGGGAGCGUACAGCCCUGCCUCGUCAACCUUUGAGGGCUCGGUCACCUACAGCGACACGGAGGAGUAUGGAUCCUACGACUUGCGAGGAAGCCCUGCCUACCACACUUCUGGUCAGCCGUCCAUGUUCAACGAAGCUCAUAGCAGCUACGGCCUCGGGUUCGUCACUCCCCACCAGCCUGUGUGGAUCUAG